AGGUAAGGGGCUGGCGCUGCCCGGAGCUCGUGGCAAGCAAAGGACCUAGCUGUAGGGCUUCGAAGAGCCUCCCGAGAGGGUGAUGAACACGUCUCGGGAGUGACGCCUCGCCAGCAGCAGCCGUUGCACACACUGCCCAAGCGCUGUGGAGUUUUUGGUGGGUUAGCCAAGAGGUUGUCUUCCUGAUGAAGAUCGGAGCCACCCCUCUGUCUCCCCUCGAGCAGCUGCUUCCGAUGCAAUGAGUAACACGACCACUCCCACCUCCGCCGGCACCUCCAGCGACUCCUUGGUAGGGUACGUCCUGGUGCCCUUCUUCCUCAUCACCGUCAUCGGCAUCGUUGUGGUGGUGAUGAUGUACAUUCAGAAGAAGAGGAGGUUUGACAGGUUACGUCACCACCUGUUACCGAUGUACAGCUACGACCCCGCAGAGGACCUGCACGAGACUGAACAGGAGCUGCUGGGGGAUCCAGACGACACCAAGGUGAUGCGAGGCUGGGGUGGAUAUCAGCCCCAUCGGACUCCGCUCCUGGACAUGAAAGCGUAACGCAGCUCAGAGACCAGUGCCCAGGCGAUGUACUAAUCACCUCCACCCCUCUCCCUUCUUGUCGAUUUCUGUGCUAACGUCAAGUCCUCCCACAUGGAGUUAAUUGUUUAAAGCUCCACCCUCCGUUUUGCUCGACUUCUGCCCCCCUCUCCCCGUUCUGCCCUUUACAAGGUACUGCGGGUGGGCGUAGUCCCUGCCGGCUUUAGCUUCCGAGUGCUGUCAGACGGUGCUGCCCCUGAGCGUUCCCGCCGGCGAAGCACUGGAGGCAUGGGCUGAGUCUUGGGUUUGCACGUUUUGACCAGGAACAGCUCUUUCCUCCUCUUGGUUACGGAUAUAAAACCCUCUGAGCCUUUUCACACGGGCCCAGAAGAGAGGCUGUCGAUCCUGAGAGUGUGUUGGUGAAACUCCAUCGCUGGGUGGCUCAAAGACUCCGCCCCAAUAAACCCAGUUAUCGCAGCCUCCCCUUCAGUAUAAGCCAUUUAAAACCAACGCAGUUGUAGUAUUGCAGAUGCAUCUGCUGACUGCACAGAGAACAAACCUCCUGCCAUGCUGCCUAUCUAUCGAUGCACAUACUGGGCGUGUUACUUUGCAUGGGGCAGUCCCAUGCACAAAUCUGAUUAUUGUAUCUCUUGCUCGCUCUGUAUGGGGACCUAGUUUAAUGGAGCCUUUGCUGCGAUCUUGAAAUAGCUGACAGCAAGCAUGUUUCCUUCAGCCCUGCAAAAGGCCAUUCAGACGGGUGCAUUUGAAACAGUCCUUUGAUUCCAGUCACCCCAGGGCAGGGAUGGGUACAGUUUGGCUAUGCAGUAAAAACAGGGUGAGUUUAGCAGAGCAAAACUGUCUGUCUUUGCAUUCAGCCAAGAGGCCUUAUGUAUUUGCCAAGGAGGAGAAGUCUUCCUGGCACAAAAGCUACUGGAUAGUAAAACAACCGAACUUUGUAAUAGUUCAACAUGGUGGAUCUUUCUAUGUGGAUGAUUUUUGUAUUCAAUAGUAGCUCAUCUCUAUAUUUUGUAAAUAAAAAGGCACCGUGAAU